UACGUCGCGACUGGCCCAGACCAGAAGGCGGUCACUCACACCAUGGGAUCGCAUGUUUCAAACGUGCAUGGAGCGACGACGACUAUAUGGUAUGGAGCAAAGCAGAUCAAAAUUGAGCGUGAAAUCAAAACGCAAGAGAUGCGUUGCCCAUGCGGGUACUCGCAUGUCAACUCUGCCCGUGUAAGGAUGCAUGCUACGAAGGAACACAAAAACAGUGGUCUCAAGACCGCCUUGCUGGCGAGUAGGCAAUCUGCACAACCUAGUGCCUCGUCGUCGCGCACUCGCUCAGUCUCACCGUCCUCCAUCGAGAGCUCAUCACCCACCCGGUCCGUCUCUCCCAUACAGAACUCGGACACUCCGCCGACGUCUCAUACAUCGGGCCGGAAACCCAAAGCAUCCAAGCCCUUCCUCGCAGGGAGCAGAUUUCCCGAAGUUGCUCACGGAGAAAACCCAGCAGACAAACAAUCGCGAGGCCAUGCGUCACACAAACAAGCUGUAUCUUCUCAUCGAUCAAGUAUCCUCCCAUCGACGUCGGUGUCCGGUGCCAGCUCCAGCACGUCGCGUAAGGUGUCGAAGACUCCAGCGACCUCAUCUGCCGCUGUAGCCAAGGGGAGUAGCUCAAGUGCAAAUAGGAUCAUGUCUAUCGGAAAGUCUGCUAUCGUCCACCGCACCACGCAGCUGGACGCCCCAUCAACAGGAAGCAAGAGCCCAGGUCUCCCCAGCCACAGGCACAAGCGCGCAGCCCAAAGCGCGAAAGUCUCGCACGCCUCCGAAGCUGCCUCUUCCUCUCGCAGGCCCGCAAUCGUUCUGCCCACCGACUCGUCCGACAACGACUCAGUCGCCACAGCCGAGCUGCUCGCUGCGUUCGCUCCCAGGCUCUCCGAGUCUACCCACUGCAAGACGUGCCACCGCGCGCUCGAGCUGCGGGACGGCCGCUACAAGAAUUCGUGGACCUGGUCGACCGACGACACGAUGGACGUGGAUGUAGGCGUGAACGUGAAAGUGCAGACACAGAAGCCCCGCCGCGCGCAGGCUAAGGCCUCCGUGCCUAACGUAAACAUCCGACGCGUGUGGGAGAAGUGCCCAGUUCCAGACGGAGGAAGCGUUUUUCGAGGCGGUCGAGCAGAGCGUUGUCGAGUGCGCGAGCGCGAGCCGGGAGAGCGCUUCGAGUUUUGCGGCGGGUACGCGGUCGUGGCAGGCAGGAAGGAUGCGGAUGCGGCGAUCGUUCGAAAGAUAUGCGGGAAGCUCGUCUUGAGGAGUGCGCCGUAAGUGCCUUCUUCCCUUUGUCUACAAGACUUCGAACCGUGUGGUCCGAAUUGGAUGCUGACGGAUGGUCAUGCACAGGAUAUCGAGGUUGUCAUGCUUC